CUAGAGCUUUGAAGCUAUCCCGGCCAAAGGAUGCUGAGUCCCGAGCGCCUAGCCUUACCGGACUACGAGUAUCUGGCUCAGCGACAUGUCCUUACGUACAUGGAGGAUGCUGUGUGCCAGCUGCUAGAGAAUAAGGAAGAUAUUAGCCAAUAUGGCAUUGCCAGGUUCUUCACCGAAUAUUUUAACAGUGUAUGUCAGGGAACUCAUAUUCUCUUUCGGGAAUUCAGCUUCAUCCAAGCCACACCCCACAAUAGGGCAUCGUUCUUACGGGCCUUCUGGAGAUGCUUCAGAACUGUGGGCAAAAAUGGCGAUUUGCUGACCAUGAAAGAAUAUCACUGUCUGCUCCAAUUACUGUGCCCCGACUUUCCGCUGGAGCUCACACAGAAGGCAGCCAGGAUUGUGCUCAUGGACGAUGCCACGGACUGCCUGAUGUCUUUUUCAGAUUUCCUUUUUGCCUUCCAGAUCCAGUUUUACUACUCAGAAUUCUUGGAGAGUGUGGCUGCCAUCUAUCAGGACCUGCUGUCUGGCAAGAACCCCAAUACAGUGAUUGUACCAACAUCAUCCAGUGGGCAGCACCGCCAACGACCUGCCUUGGGUGAGGCUAGCAUGCUGGAGGGAGUGGAGGCGUCACUCUUCUACCAGUGCCUGGAGAACCUGUGUGACCGGCACAAGUACAGCUGCCCACCCCCAGCGCUUGUCAAAGAGGUGCUAAGCAACGUUCAGAGACUGACCUUCUAUGGAUUCCUCGUGGCUCUCUCAAAACAUCAUGGAAUCAACCAAGCCCUAGGAGCUCUGCCUGACAAGGGGGACCUGAUGCACGACCCAGCCAUGGAUGAGGAGCUGGAACGGCUGCUGGUUCAGGUCCCGGGCCUGGUCAACUCUGUCACUGCCAGCUCAGAAGCCAGCUGCCUGCCUUCCCGAACCCCUUCCCGAGUUGCCUCCCCCUGGAGACCCCUCCAUCACUCCCGCAAAGUGGAUGUAGAGAGCGAUGGCUCCACUGAAGAGACAGAUGAGUCCGAGACUUGAGGAGUCUGAAGGGUCCUACCUAUCACCCUCCUCUGUCCCUUGCUCCCACCCCAGCCCUGGGGAUGCCCAACCUCCACUCCAGCGCUGUGCUAUGCUCCCCUCUGCUGGUAGAAAGGCUGAAUAACACCCCCAGCCAAGUCAAUACUUAACCCUACCCUCACAGGCCCCAGCAGUCUUUGGGCUUUAGUCAGGCCCCAAGCUACCUGCAGAUUGAACUGAGGCCACCUGGUCACUGGUAGGGAAGGGGACUUGGCCUUAGCCUUCUGCUGACAGUUCUCCCAACCUUGAGGAAGUAGUCUCUUCUCAGCCAACUUCUGCUAGCCCCCCGGUAAGAUUCAUCUCCCUCACAGAAACUUUGAGAAGGGGGAGACCACAAAUAGCCAACGAAGGGCCUUGCAUGGUCAAGGGUGAGGCCUGACAUGCAAGUACUGGGGGGACAUAACCACUGUGGCCUUCUGCUGGAGGAAGAGCCACCACCCAUCACAGGAUGAAGGAGAAGGGUGGGCAAGAAAACUGCACUUGCAAAAACUGCUUCCAGUCUUCCCUGUAUCUAAUAGCUAAAUACGUGAAAUGAAUAAAGUCCCUUGUAUCUGGUAAGUGAUGAGCCUAAAACCACUAGACUGAGGAGAUGCAAAAGGACUGGUGAAGGGAAGGGGUGUGUUUGGGUCUCUGGUGCUGAAUCCUACCUUUUCUGGUAACACUGGAAGCCGGGGGCCAGAGGACCACCAAAAGCCUGAAGACCUCCCUCAGAUGAGAAGGCGGCUUACACUUUUGCACAUGGGAGCACCCCUGGUUCCAAAGGAAAAUGCUAACAGCUGCAAUGGGCCUUCAGAAAACUAAGACCCAGGGGGUUCUAAGCCAAGUUCCCAUAGCUUCACAGAUCCAGGCAACAGAAGGGUUAGCACCACACAACCUGCCAGCCAUGGGUUGGUUAUUAAACACUUGCCAGGCACUUGCUCUGGGCUAAGGAAGAGGGGGUGCAGCUGUGAACAAGGCACCAGCCUGAGGGGCACAAGCUUCCAGCUAAGGCUGGAGAAAGGUAGACAAAUGGUUUUCAGUUUCUAUCAAUCGGGCUGGGGUGUCCUCCAGCAAGUAAAGCCCACCCAAAGGCCAAACAGGCUGCUGCCUCCUCUGAAGCUGAUGUCACUACCGCUGGGCGCACAUUCUUUUGGGCACAUCUAUGCCCAGACCAGCCCCACUGACCAGCUGCAGGAACUGGCUCCCAAAGCCCUGUGCCAGUACUAGGAGAUCCAGUUCUAAAAAAGCUCCAAGCCACACGGUGAGGUCUCUGGGGUCACAAUCAUCUCCAGCUUCCAGUCCCAGAGAGCAGGUCUCUAACCUAGGU